AUGGAAGAUGGUGAUCAAAAGGUUCACAUAUGGGGCGAAAGUGAGGAAAAACAGCUUAUUUCACUGAGAACAGAUAUGGAUGCAGACUUUCAUAGAAAUAAGAAUCAUGAAACAUUAUGGCAAAAAAAAAUUCAAAAAAUGAAUGCUGCAGGAAUUAAGGUUACUAAAAUUCAGAUUUUGAAUAAAUGGAGGAAUUUGAAAAGAAAGUAUAAGGAAACUAUAGACUUAAAUAAAAAAACUGGUAAUGAGAAACAUGAAUUCAAGUACCAAAAUGAAUUUGAUAAUUUGUUUGGACACAAGGCAUCAACAAAAGCAACGGUGUCAUUUGACAGUGGAGUAAAUGGAGAAGAUAAAAAGAAAGAAACAACUGAUGAUAAACCCGCUCGACCUAAAAAGCGUUCUGCAGAAAACCUGUUGAAUAAAAUGGAAAAUAUGAACAAAGAAAUGAGAGAACAGAUGGAGAGGCACCAGGAAGAAAAACUCAGACGCUUUGACAGAAUGCUGGACAUUUUUAAAAGAUCGGUUAAAAGUCAUGAUCAAAAGUGA